AUGAUUUCGAUUCUAUAUAGGGGAGAUGGACAACCAUCUUCACUCAAUGGAAUCCAAAUUGGAUGGCAUAUUUCCCCAUCGUUGUACAAGGAUUCUCGGACCCAUUUCUACACAGCUUGGAUUAGUGGUGGAACUUCUCGCAAGGGCGGCAUGAACAUGAUUUGCCCUGGAUUUCACAAGACAUCAUCAAGUAUAGCUCCAGGCAAUGUCAUCAGUCCACUUUCACGCAUUGGUGGCCAGAAAACAUAUAUCACCCUAAGGAUAUUCAAGGAAAAAUAUCCAGGUGAUUGGCACAUCCAUUUCGGAGCUAAGGGUGAUCGAAAACCAGUGGGUUACUUCCCUAAAUCCUUGAUCCCGGGACUCGUAGAUAAACCUUUGGAGAUAACCUUUGGUGGCUAUGUUAAUCAUAAGAAACCACGACAUAGUCCUCCAACGGGAAGUGGCUAUAUUUCAACAAGUGGCAAUGCUGCAUCCUUUAGUAAUCUCAAGCUUAUCGAUGCAGACUAUAUUAGUCAUAUUGUCAAUGUGGAUUUGCCAUCUACUGAGGAUGGGAAGGGUUCCUAUACCAAUACACCUUCACAAAUUGAUUCAGCCCAAUUCUUUUUAGGGGGAUCUGCUUGUAUUGAUUAA